AGCACAGCAAGGCAAUUUCCCGCGCAAUUCCCGAUCUGUCAAAUCUCCCUUUUCCUGACGCGGCAUGUCAGAAUCUCCGCAACAACCGCUGUGAACAUAUUUCGCGCCUAUGCCUGCAAUUAACUACGAUGACCCGGAGAUCCAGCCUCCCCAACAAUCCCGCUCCUCCACCCACGUUCGUGCGAGCAGAAUAGCGGAAGACUUGGCGGGAAAUGCGGGGACGUGCGGGGAAGAGCAGCCACUAGCAGGCAGAGAAGGAGGGGGGAAAGUGGGGGAGACGGCGGAAUGGGCGGAGACGGGGAAAUUGGGGGAACGAGCGGAACGAGGAGGAAUGGGGGAGCAGGUUGAACGGGUGGCCGGGGGGAAUAGCGCAGGAUCGCCAAUAGUCAGGGGAGCGCGCAGAGAAAGGGGAACGGGCGGGGGAAGGAAGAGGCGGAAGCGGAUUGCAGUUGCGCGCACAGCUCUUGGAUGCGCGUUCGGGUUGCUGGCGCUUCUGGGCGUUGCGCUCAUGGGGCGGAGCAGGGGAGGCGGCGGAAGUUCUGCUUCUUGGCGCGCAGCCGAACCGCUGCUGAUUCACCCCCCACUGGAGCCCUCCCCUCUGCUGCCGGGUUUGGCAAGCUUUGCACCAGAGAUCGAUAUGGUUAAAGUGGAAAGAGUGCGAAGAGAAAACACCUACGUCCCGCCAGUGGUUCAGCGCGUCUUUAUCGACAUAUCGGGAGCCACCAUGACAUUCAAGGAUAACGUACAGGCCCCGAACCCCAUCCAUGCAUUGCCCCCAGAAGAGCAGCAGCUGCUCCUGAGACUGGCGGAACUGGCGGAGGGGGAUGAGGGGGACGGGGAGAGGGGGGAUGGGGGGGAUGGGGAGAGGGGGGAUGGGGGGGAUGGGGAGAGGGGGGAUGGAGAAGGGAAGGGGGAAGAAGGGGAGGGGGAUAGGGGGGAGGAAGGUGGGGAGAGGGGGGAGAGGGAAGUCGUUGUAGAUAGGGAGAAGGGGGGGAAGGCAGAGGAAGAAGAGGAGGGCAAGGGGAAGGAGGUGGGAAGGAUAGAGGAGCGGGAUGAUGCGAAGGGGAAGGGGGAAAAGGGGAACGGGGAAGAGGGAAAGGAGGGAGAAGAAAGAGGAGAGACAUGAGUUGUAGUAAGGGCUGAAGACCAUGGCACGGACGAGAAGGGAGAUGAGAGACAAAAAGUUGAGGAGGAUGAGGAAGAAGGCUAGGGACCAAUCGUUACAAACCCCUUUUGGGACAAUGAUGCAGUUGGGUGAGGGGGGGGGGGGGGGGGGGAGGGGGGGGGAGGGGAAGGGGGAAGAGGGGGGGAUGGAGUAUCUACAAUAAGUCGUAACCAUGGUAGUGGCGACGAAGCUAGAGCUAUGCAAACGUGGUAUUACUGGGUGGCUGGUUGGUCGGGAGGGGAGGACGGGGGUUUGCAAAAGGUGAGGGAUGCAUGUACAUAAACAUAGUUGAAAUAGUAUAUUUGCAGCAUUUCGAUGACAACAAGAAUAACUGUACAGUACGACUUCAAAAUGAUGUCAUUAUCAAGAAACUAGUUGAAAGCCC